AUGAGCGCCAUAAACAACUCCAUAGAAUCCACAUGGCAUACACCAAGCGAAAGUGAUGUUGAGCUGAGCAUCCCAAUGGUGGAAGCAUCACCGAUUGGUGAUAAUCAGACUGUCUCACCUUCUCCUCCAACUGCAAAAGUCCGCGUCAAAGUCACCGCGCCAUUAGCGCUCCCUCCUGGGUUUAUUAUACAGAUCUUGUAUCAAGAGAAAGGUAGAAGAGGAAUUGCCACGAAAAUAUGGAAGAAAGCAGUAGUCAAAGUCCCUGUGGACUGCAAUGGAGUGGAAAAGGGCCAAGUAUUUGAAGCAGAAACCCAACCAUUCGAUACCGUGAAACAAAUUCGUGGUGAUUGGGAUCGAAGCAAAGUCGACUUCGAUGUUUGCUGCAAUUCCGUAACUACAGACACCGAGUUUUGUUUGUUGUCAUGGUUCUGUUCCCCAGUUGCAUGGGCUUGCCUUUUCGAGCAACUCGUGGAUUUGAAGAAAGAGAACUUCGGUUUGAGCAUCUACCGUCCAAGAUUUGUGGCGAAAUCAAUCGGUUUGGUUUCUCUGCUCUUUGUGGUGCUUUCCCUCGUGUCGAAGGCCUCGGGGACUGCGACAACUGCAUCAAGCGACACAGACGAGGACUCUAGAGUUACCACAAGUCCAGUCUAUGGAAUGGUAUUGGUUGGAUUUACAAGUCCGCUCUCUUUUGUCUUUUUGGUCUUUGGAAUGUUUGUGAGAUCUAAAAUUCGUGAAUACUACAGCAUUAGGGGAAAUUGCAUUGAAGAUUUCCUUGCUGUGAUGUUCUGUUCAACAUGUUCAGUAUUGCAGACGUAUCAUCACAUGAAGAAGGCUCAUGAGCAUCCACUCGUAGGGCACCUUAAUGAACCUCUCACGGUAGAAGCUGAGAAGAUGGUAUAG